AUGAGGUUUGUGAGAUUUUCCGCGUCGAGCGCUUUGCGCGAGUGUAGACCGCAAGCUUCCGCGUCAGCGGCCACGUGGAUUACUAUGACAGGAAAACCAUAAAGGGGAUGAUAGUAAUCCACGUGGCCGCUAAAGCGGAAGAUAGUGCCGCUGACGCGGAAGCUUGCGGUCUACACUCGCUCCGCUCGACACAUUGCUCAUAGUAGGUUCGAGCGGAGCGAGUGUAGACCGCAAGCUUCCGCGUCAGCGGCACUGUCUUCCGCUUUAGCGGCCACGUGGUUUACUAUUACACGAAAACCAUAAAAGGGAUCAUAGUAAUCCACAUGGCCGCUAAAGCGGAAGAUAGUGCCGCUGACGCGGAAGCUUGCGGUCUACACUCGCUCCGCUCGAGCCAUGUGGUUUACUAUGAUCUCUAAGGUUUACUCCUAAGGUUUACCAUGUCCACACCUGGGAAUUUUCACGUUUUACGGUUUUACGCCUCAAAAAAUCACUGAAUAUAGUGAAUUUUGACAGAAUCAAAUUGAAACUUCGAAAAAAACACAACAUUUAAAAAAAAAAAUUUCAUUCAAAAAUUUCUUUAAACAAUGUUGUGUUUUUUUGAAUUUUCAAUUUGAUUCUGUCAAAAUUCACUAUAUUUAGUGAUUUUUUGAGCCGUAAAAUGUAAAAAUUCUUAGGUGUGGACAUGGUAAACCUUAGGGGUGAACCUUAGAGAUCAUAGUAAACCACGUGGCUCGAGCGGAGCGAGUGUAGACCGCAAGCUUCCGCUUUAGCGGCCACGUGGUUUACUAUGAUAUGGUAAACGUCAUAGUAAACCACGUGGCCGCUACGCGGAAGCUUCCGAACAUACACUCGCGCUUCCGCGCUCGAAGCCGCUGACGCGGAAGCUUGCGGUUCCACCAGCCUGCCAGAUAAAUAAGCCCCCGGAAUUCAAUUUCCCCUUUCCUUCCUUUCUCUACCACCCUCCACAUUCUCCAAACUCUCGUUUUUAAUCAAACAACAAAAAACUUUUGUUGUUAUUCACAAAAAAAUUGGAAUUUUUUGAAUAAUGUCGGAAUUUUUGGCCUAAAUUUUUAUGAUUUUUUUAAUUUUCAAAUAAAAAUUUGAUUGAUUUUUAUGAGCUAUUAUUUGAAUAGAAAAAUAGAAAAAAAAAAUAAUAUUUUUUGCUCUGCGCGGAGCAAAAAAGGAUUAUUAUUUUUAUUUUUCCCCCCUUUUUCUCACACAUUUUAUACAUAUAUAUAGAUAGAAGUAGAUUUUUUCAAACCAAAAAAAAAACAAAGUUUUUCCGUUUUUUUUCGAGAAAAGUGAUGAAAUCUACAUCCCUUGGGUAUUUUUAGUCGAAAAAUUUGGAAUUUUGAGCAUGAAAAUUUGAAAAUUUUGAUUUUCGCGCUCAGAAAAUUGUGCGUAAUUUUGUAGUAUUGUAGUUUUUCUAAAAAUUCAUGAUUUUUGGGCCAAAAAAACCACAAAAAGGCUUCUAGGCCCCCUAAAUUCAUGAUUUUUGGCCCAAAAUUGACCUAAAAAUAAUUCUAGCCUAAAAAAGGCUUCCAGACCUUUCCAGACCCCAAAAUUCAUGAUUUUUGGCCCAAAAUCAACCUAAAAUUAAUUCCAGACUCAAAAACAUCACGGAAAGGCUUCUAGACCCCAAAAUUCAUGAUUUUUGGUCCAAAUUCAACCUAAAAAUAAUUCUAGGCUAAAAAAAGGCUUCUAGACCUUUCCAGACCCCAAAAUUCAUGAUUUUUAGCCCAAAAUUGACCUAAAAAUAAUUCCAGACUCAAAAACAUCACGGAAAGACCCCAAAAUCCAUGAUUUUUGACCUGAAAUUAAUUCCAGAUCGAUUUUCCAGACCCCCCUCCCCAUCCUUCACCAAAAAAUCACCAUUCUCUUCUGAAUCCUCCCCAUCAGAACAUCAGAAUUUGAGUCGAAACGAACGAAUGCGACGAAAUCGCGAAUUUCUUCUGGUUCUUUUUCUCAUCGUCUUCUUCCUAUUCUAUUUCAUCACAUCACGAGAACCCACUGAAAAUGAUCAGAAUUUUGGCGGUGAAAAUCAACAGCGCGCCAAAUUUUUGGCGCCAAAUUUGAAGGGGUUGGAGACGCUGGGUGUGGAAAUGGCAGCCUAUAAUCGGACGUCGCCCUUCAUUUUUAUUGGUGAGCGGGUUUUCGGGGGGGCUAGGCAAUGCUUCGAGCGGAGCGAGUAUAGACCGCAAGCUUCCGCGUCAGCGUCCACGUGGAUUGCAAUGAUAUGGUAAACGUCAUAGUAAUCCACGUGGCCGCUAAAGCGGAAGACAGUGCCGCUGACGCGGAAGCUUGCGGUCAACACUCGCUCCGCUCGAGAAUAUUUUUCGAGCGGCGGAGCUGCGAGUGUUGACCGCAAGCUUCCGCGUCAGCGGCACUGUCUUCCGCUUUAGCGGCCACGUGGAUUGCAAUGAUAUGGUAAACGUCAUAGUAAUCCACGUGGCCGCCCUAGGCCCUAGGCUCAUUCGGUAUCUAAAAAUCCCAAAUUUCUAGAAAUGUUCAGCCAAGUUACCCUAAACCCCCCGAAUUUUCCAGGAGGAGUGCCGCGAUCUGGAACCACUCUAAUGCGAGCAAUGUUAGAUGCUCAUCCAGAUGUGAGAUGUGGUGAAGAGACACGUGUCAUCCCCCGAAUUCUAGGACUUCGAAGUCAGUGGCGGAAAUCGGAGAAGGAGUGGAAUCGGCUACAACAGGCUGGUGUAACGAAUGAUGUGUUGAAUUCGGCCAUUUCUUCGUUUAUUAUUAAUGUGAGUUGGGGUUUUGGGGGGCAAAAUUGGAGGAUUUUGACCUAAAAUUCAUGAAAAUCUGUGAAUUUUGACCUAAAAUUCAUAAAAUUUGAUGAAUUUUUACCUAAAAUUCAUGAAAAUCGCCAAAUUUUGACCUAGAAGCUCACAUUUCGCCCAAAAUCUAAUUUUGAAACUGUAACUGUACGGGGCGGGCUUCGCCAGCCCUGUUUAGACAGUUUUUUCAAUAAAAAUUGCAAGCACGCUCUAUUGAGAAUCACAAUUUUAAUUAGAAAAUUUGAAAAAAAAACAUUUUUUCAUUAAAAAUUGCAAGCACGCUCUAUUGAGAAUCACAAUUUUAAUUAGAAAAUUUGAAAAAAAAAAACAUUUUUUCAUUAAAAAUUGCAAGCACGCUCUAUUGAGAAUCACAAUUUUCACACGGAAAAUUUGAAAAAAAAAACGUUUUUUUUCAUUAAAAAUUGCAAGCGCGCUCUAUUGAGAAUCACAAUUUUGAUUAGAAAAUUUGAAAAAAAACAUUUUUUUCAUUAAAAAUUGCAAGCGCGCUCUAUUGAGAAUCACAAUUUUGAUUAGAAAAUUUGAAAAAAAACAUUUUUUUCAUUAAAAAUUGCAAGCGCGCUCUAUUGAGAAUCACAAUUUUAAUUAGAAAAUUUGAAAAAAAACAUUUUUUUCAUUAAAAAUUGCAAGCGCGCUCUAUUGAGAAUCACAAUUUUGAUUAGAAAAUUUGAAAAAAAAAACAUUUUUUUCAUUAAAAAUUGCAAGCGCGCUCUAUUGAGAAUCACAAUUUUGAUUAGAAAAUUUGAAAAAAAACAUUUUUUUCAUUAAAAAUUGCAAGCGCGCUCUAUUGAGAAUCACAAUUUUAAUUAGAAAAUUUAAAAAAAAAACAGUUUUUCCACUGAAAAUUGCAAGCGCGCUCUAUUGAGAAUCACAAUUUUGAUUAGAAAAUUUGAAAAAAAAACAUUUUUUUCAUUAAAAAUUGCAAGCGCGCUCUAUUGAGAAUCACAAUUUUAAUUAGAAAAUUUAAAAAAAAAACAGUUUUUCCACUGAAAAUUGCAAGCGCGCUCUAUUGAGAAUCACAAUUUUAAUUAGAAAAUUCAAAAAAUCUUUUUUUUUUUCAUUGAAAAUUGCAAGCACGCUCUAUUGAGAAUCACAAUUUUAAUAAGAAAAUUUGAAAAAAAAACAUUUUUUUCUCAUUAAAAAUUGCAAGCACGCUCUAUUGAGAACCACACUUUUCACACAGAAAAUUUGAAAAAUCAUUUUUUUCUAUUUUUUAAACAGAAAACCUGAAUCCUGGAAUUUUUCAAGGGAAUUUUGACCUGAAAUUAAUUUUUGAACACAAAUUUUUCACUUUUUCUGCAGAUUUCAUUUUUUAAACUGAAAACUAGCUGGAAAUCCUUCCUGAAAUUAAUUUUUGAACCCAAAGGGCGUGCUUCGCAAGCCCUGUUCACACAGUUAACUUCAUUUUCCUUCAGAUAAUGGCUGGUCACGGUGAAGCAGCUCCCCGAUUAUGCAACAAAGAUCCGUUCACAAUGAAAUCCACCGAAUAUUUACACGAGAUUUUUCCGAAUGCCAAAUAUUUGAUGAUGAUUCGAGAUGGACGGGCUACUGUGAAUAGUAUUAUUAGUAGAAAAGUCACGAUUACAGGUGAGCGGAAAAUUCGAGCGCGGAAGCGCGAGUGUAGACCGCAAGCUUCCGCGAAGCGGCCACGUGGAUUACUAUAAUAUGGUAAACGUCAUAGUAAUCCACGCGGCCGCUGAAGCUGAAGAUAGUGCCGCUGACGCGGAAGCUUGCGGUCUACACUCGCUCCGCUCGAGGCAUUGCUCAUAGUAGGCUCGAGCGGAGCGAGUGUAGAUCGCAAGCGGCACUGUCUUCCGCUUUAGCGGCCACGUGGAUUGCUAUGACGUGGAAACCACGUGGCCGCUGAAGCGGAAGAUAGUGCCGCUAACGCGGAAGCUUGCGGUCUACACUCGCUCCGCUCGAGGCAUUGCUCAUAGUAGGCUCGAGCGGAGCGAGUGUAGACCGCAAGCUUCCGCGUCAGCGGCCACGUGGGUUGCUAUGACGUGGCAACCACGUGGCCGUUGACGCGGAAGAUAGUGCCGCUGACGCGGAAGCUUGCGGUCUACACUCGCUCCGCUCGAUGUUAACCUGAGCAAUGUCUCGAGCGAAGCGAGUGUAGACCGCAAGCUUCCGCGUCAGCGGCACUAUCUUCCGCGAAGCGGCCACGUGGUUUCCUAUGACAGGAAAACCAUAUAAGGGAUCAUAGCAAUCCACGUGGCCGCUUCGCGGAAGAUUGUGCCGCUGACGCGGAAGCUUGCGGUUUACACUCGCUCCGCUCGAAAAUCCACGUAGCUCGAGCGGAGCGAGUGUAGACCGCAAGCUUCCGCGUCAGCGGCACUAUCUUCCGCUUUAGCGGCCACGUAGGUUGCUAUGACGUGGCAACCAUAGAGGUCAUAGCAAUCCGCGUGGCCGCUGACGCGGAAGCUUCCGGUUUACACUCGCUACGCUCAAGGACAUUUUUCGAGCGGAGCGAGUGUAGACCGCAUUCUUCCGCGAAGCGGCUCCGAGCGCUUUGCGCGAGUGUAUGUCACGUUUAACAUGAGCAAUGUCUUCUAGAUGUCUUUAACAUGAGCAAUCUUGUUUCAGGCUUCGAUCUGAAUGAUUUCCGUCAAUGUAUGCAAAAAUGGAACACGGCAAUUCAAUUAAUGAUCGAACAAUGCGAAAAAGUCGGCUCAACCAAAUGUCUCAAAGUAUAUUAUGAGCAAUUGGUGUUGCAUCCCGAAAAACAAAUGCGCGAAAUUCUCGAGUUCCUCGAACUCCCCUGGAAUUCCAAUGUAUUACAUCACGAAGAAUUGAUCGGAAAAUCGAUAAGUUUAUCGAAUGUCGAGAGAAGUUCGGAUCAAGUUGUGAAACCGGUGAAUUUGGAUGCAUUGAGUAAAUGGGUUGGAACAAUUCCGGAAGAUGUUGUGAAGGAUAUGGAUGAAAUUGCACCGAUGUUGAGGAAAUUGGGAUAUGAUCCUAAUGCUAAUCCACCUAAUUAUGGUAAGCGGGGGAUACUGUAGCUAAGUGUAAACCGCAAGCUUCCGCGUCAGCGGCCACGUAGUUGACUAUGUUCCCCUGCCACGUCAUAAUGAACCACGUGGCCGCUAACGCGGAAGACAGUGCCGCUUACGCGGAAGCUUGCGGUUUACACUCGCGCCUCUGGCGCUCGUCAUGGGUUACUGUAGAAAUAGGCUAACAUGAGCAAUGUCAAAAACAACUCAAACCUAAAGGAUUACUGUAGAUUGUCCUCCAUGUCCCUUUGAAAUUCUACAGCAGAUGUUCCUUUAAAAACUCACCAGGAUACUGUAGCUCCCUUUAAAUUUAUUUGAUGGCUAAUAUGAGCAAUGCCUCGAGCGGAGCGAGUGUAAACCGCAACCUUCCGCGUCAGCGGCACUAUCUUCCGCUUUAGCGGCCACGUGGAUUGCUAUGACGUGGCCGCUGACGCGGAAGCUUGCGGUCUACACUCGCGCUUCCGCGCUCGGUCAGCCACUCUAGGCAUAUUUGGUGUCAAAAAACGCCCAAUUUUCGCCACGUCAUAACCAUAACCCAAUUGCUCAUAUUAUAGGAAAACCCGACGAAAUAGUGGCUCGAAAAACGGACGACGUGCACAAAAACGGCGAAGAAUGGUACAAAAAAGCGGUUCAGGUGGUGAAUGAUCCAUCUCGGGUUGAUAAACCGGUUGUGGUGAGUUUUUUGGGCGAAAAUCUGGGUUUUUUGGCUGAAAAUUCGGGUUUUUUGGCUGAAAAUCCGGGAUUUUUGUCUGAAAAUCCGGUAUUUUUGGCUGAAAAUUUGGGAUUUUUGGCUGAAAAUCCGGGAUUUUUGACUGAAAAUCUCCUCAAUCUGAAAUUAAUUUUUUUCAGGACAACGACACCAGAUAA